UUUUGCUGCCAGGUAAUAAUCACUGGAGUGGUGUGAGGUGUGAGUACUGUAAGUUAACAUCUCGAUAUCUCGAGUAAUCUCAAUAAUCGAGUAGAUAUGGUAUUUGUCGAGUAGUUAGUAGUUACUAUACUACUACUACCUUUUCACUGGAAAUAUUUCAUCUUCAUUCUUCAUCACUACUUGGCAUACAGAAGUGGUGUGUUGAUUGUUGUUUUAAAACAAUUUACCAAAUUUAAUUUAAAAAAAAUAAAUAAAAUGCCUCAUUUUCGACUUGAAACUAAUGUUCCACAAGAUAAAAUUCCAGCCGACUUGUCUGCAAAAUUAUGCGGUGUCCUGGCCAAAUCCUUAGGAAAACCAAUUAAUUAUUGUGUAGCAACUGUUGUGGGAGGUGUUAACAUGUCUUGGGGGGGCACUAGUGAACCCGCUGCACAGGCUACACUGAUGAGCAUUGGGGCGUUGGGAGUCGAAGAGAACAAGAAACACGCCAAAGCACUUUACGAGAUUGUAAAUAAAUCUAUCGGAAUUCCAUUAGAUAGAAUGUACAUCAACUUCUUCGAUUGGCCAACGAGUGCUGUUGGAUAUAACGGUACAACUUUCCACGAAAUCUUUGGAGGUUAAGUGUAUUUUCUAUUUACAAAAAUUAAAUUCAAUAUACUUUUAAUUGAAGGAAUAAAUCAUGUUUUAUUUUUAAA